AACUUUAUUCCACUAAAAUGUCUUUCUUGCAUAGGCAUACUUUUAACAUUGUGCAAACACACACACACCCAGCAGGGAUGUAAGUGUAAGAGGCACACACACACACACGCACACACACACGCAGGGUGUAGUCUGAUGCCACGGAUUCCCGCCCUGCCUCCUUCCUAUCCCCGGUCAGCCUUUCAUAAUUCACUCACAGAUCUAUUCUUACUACUCACUCAGUCCUAUCCGCUCGCUGUGAAAUCACUGACCUCCCCGUCACAGCAGGCUCCUCCCCCGCGACGCCACGCCGACCCUCCAACCGACGGCGAGCUCGACCAAUAGCGACCGGAGUCCCCUCUCCCACUGUCUCCCGCGGGCCAAUCAGAACGCGAGUGGGCGGAAUCACCGUGGGCCUGGCAUUCAGGUUUGGUUGCAAAGAGAGUCUUUUCCCGGCUGUGAGCACUGACAGAGGACAGCUGAGCCGAGGAGACUUCAGGACGGAGGGCAUAUCCUACCACACCUCUGCUUCAAGCAGCCACCUCGACUGUGGAAUAAAAAAAAAAAAAACUCGGGAAACUCUUUGGAAGCACUCAUCGUUACCUUUCAAACGGAAUGGAUUUCGAGAAGACCUAACCCGGAUGGUUUGCUGCGCGAGUGUGUUUUUCUUCUUCUUCCUUUUUUGAAAAGUGGAGUUUGGCAACUUUUAAAAAGGAGGUCGCUUUAAAGUGUUUUCUGGAGGGGGGGAGAAACUUAACUCACAGACGAAAUGGAUCAAGCCAGCGGUGGGGAGGACCCCAAUAAACCCUCUAAAAAGAAGUCCAGCGAGGACGAGGGUAAAAACAAAAAGCUGAACAUACACAUUAAAACAUUGGCUGAUGAUAUGCGUGAUCGUAUAACUAGUUUCAGGAAAACAGGGAUGAAGAAGGAGAAGCCCCUCAUACAGCACCCAACAGAUCCCCUCUCUACGCAGACCGAGCUGCCUGUUCCUCAGCCACUCUUCGACGACCGCUCCAUGAACCUCUCGGAAAAGGAGAUCAUCGACCUCUUUGAGAAGAUGAUGGAGGACAUGAACCUGAACGAGGAACGCAAAGCCCCUCUACGUGGAAAGGACUUGAGCACCAAACGUGAGAUGGUGGUUCAGUACAUCUCAGCCACUGCCAAAUCUAUAACUGGGAGCAAAGUUGCGGGUGGACUAAGAAACAGCAAGCAUGAGUGUACACUUUCAUCACAGGAAUAUGUUCACGAGCUGCGUUCCGGCAUCACAGAGGAAAAGCUGCUCAACUGUCUGGAGUCCCUCAGAGUUUCUCUCACUAGCAACCCUGUCAGUUGGGUUAAUAAUUUCGGUCAUGAGGGUCUCGGCCUUCUCCUGGAUGCUUUGGAGAAGCUCCUGGACAAGAAGCAGCAGGAGAAUAUUGACAAACGGAACCAGCAUAAACUCAUCCAGUGCUUGAAAGCUUUCAUGAACAACAAGUAUGGACUGCAAAGGAUCCUGGGAGAUGAGCGGAGCCUGUUGCUGUUGGCACGAGCCAUCGACCCCAAACAGACCAACAUGAUGACAGAGAUCGUCAAGAUUCUCUCUGCCUUCUGUAUUAUCGGAGAAGAAAACAUCCUGGAUAAGAUUCUGGCUGCCAUGACAAUUGCUGCAGAGAGGAACAAUAAAGAGAGAUUUGCUUCAAUUGUUGAAGGGCUGGAGAACCACGAGGCCCAGCAGCUCCAGGUCGCUUGCAUGCAGCUGAUCAACGCCCUGGUCACCUCCCCCGACGACCUGGACUUCCGGAUACAUCUACGCAACGAGUUCUUAAGAUGUGGCCUCAAGAAGAUCCUACCUGAGCUAAAAGAGACGGAGGAGCUCGACAUCCAGCUGAAGGUGUUCAACGAGAACAAGGAGGAGGACUCCAUCGAGCUCUCCCAUCGCCUGGAUGACAUCCGCGCCGAGAUGGAUGAUAUGAAUGAGGUGUACCAUCUCUUGUCCAAUAUGGUGAAAGACACCGGCUCAGAGACGUACUUCCUGUCGAUUCUUCAGCACCUGCUGCUCAUCAGGAACGAUUAUUACAUCAGGCCUCAGUAUUACAAGGUGAUAGAAGAAUGCGUGUCUCAGGUGGUCCUGCAUCGCAGUGGGAUGGACCCCGACUUCGGCUACAGCAAACGCUUGGACGUGGACUUCACUCAUCUGAUUGAUCAGUGUGUGGAUAAAGCCAAAGUUGAAGAGAUGGAGCAGAAGGCUGCGGAGUACUCCAAAAAGUUUGAUGAGGAGUUCAGCGCGCGGCAGGAGGCCCAGGCCGAGUCUCAAAAGAAGGAAGAGAGAAUCAAAGAGCUGGAGGGGAAGAUCCAGACCCUGGAGUCCCAGUUAACUAUUGAAAAAGACAAGCUCAAAGAGGCUCAGAGACUCAUCAGGGAAUCUGAAGCCAAGAUUGCAGCGGGUCCAACUGCUCCCGGAGCGCCACCUCCACCACCCUUACCAGGCGGUGCAGCAGCUCCCCCUCCUCCUCCCCCACCUCCCCCCCCACCUCCACCUGGUGGCUGUCCUCCCCCUCCUCCCCCUCCUCCUCCGCUCCCUGGCCACGCUUGCAUGCCACCGCCACCUCCACCACCUCCCCCAGGUGGAGGACCUCCACCUCCCCCACCACCACCUGGUUGUGGGCCCCCACCUCCCCCACCUUUCUUCGGGGGCCCAGGUGGGCCUCCGCCGCCUCCUGCACUCCCUGUCGUCAAGCUGCCUUAUGGACUGGAGCCCAAGAAGGUCUACAAGCCAGACACUGUGAUGAAGAGGGUCAACUGGACCAAGAUAGUGCCUCAGGAAAUGGCAGAGAAUUGCUUCUGGAUCAAAGUCAAAGAAGAGAAGUUUGAGAAUCCUGACCUAUUUGCUCAGCUCUCCCUCUGCUUCUCGUCGCAGAGCAAAGUCAGAAAAGAUGUGAAAGACGAGACUGACGACCGAAUGCAACAAUUCAAGAAAAAGGCGAAAGAGCUUCGCAUCCUGGACGCCAAGACAGCGCAGAAUCUCUCAAUUUUCCUGGGCUCGUUCCGCCUGCCUUAUGAAGAGAUCCGGGACAUUGUGCUGGAGGUAGACGAGGAAAGACUGAGCGAAUCACUCAUCCAGAACCUGAUAAAGAACCUGCCAGAGCAGAAAGAGCUGAGUGCGCUAGCGGAACUAAAGGGUGAAUAUGAAGAGCUAGUGGAGUCGGAGCAGUUUGGCAUUGUGAUGAGUUCAGUAAAACUUCUACGGCCACGUCUCAAUGGCAUUAUGUUCAAGCUGACAUUCGAGGAGCAGGUGAACAACAUCCGGCCAGACAUCAUGAAUGUGACGUUCGCCUGCGAGGAGGUGAAGAAGAGCGAAGGCUUCAGCAAACUCCUGGAGUUAGUGCUGCUGGUCGGCAAUUACAUGAACGCCGGCUCGAGGAACGCCCAGACGUUUGGUUUCAACAUCAACUUCCUCUGCAAGCUCCGUGACACCAAAUCCAUCGGCCAGAACACAACGCUUCUUCAUUUCCUGGCUGAAAAGUGUGAAGAGAAUCACAAAGUCAUCUUGAAGUUUCCAGAUGAGCUGGAGCACGUGGAGAGUGCCAGCAGAGUGUCUGCUGAGAUCUUGAAAAGCAGCUUGACCACCAUGGAACGUCAAAUCGUGAGGCUUGAGAACGACAUCGAGAACUUCCCCAAAAUGGAUGACCAACAAGAUAAGUUUGUGGAAAAGAUGUCGGGCUUCUGCAAGCAUGCCCGGGAGCAGUACGAAAAACUGUCCACGAUGCACAAGAACAUGCAAAAGCUCUACGAGAGCAUCGGCAGCUAUUUCUCCUUUGACCCACAAGUAGUCAGCGUGGAGGAUUUUUUUGGAGAACUGGCCAACUUCCGCAUCCUCUUCAUGGAAGCAGUGAAGGAGAACCACAAGAAGAGGGAGAUGGAGGAGAAGAUCAAGAGAGCCAAGCUGGCGAAGGAGAAAGCAGAGCGCGAGAAGCAGGAGCGCCAGCAGAAGAAGAAGCAGCUGAUUGACAUGAACAAAGAGGGUGAUGAGACCGGAGUGAUGGAUAGCCUCAUGGAAGCUCUACAGUCCGGAGCGGCCUUCCGCGAUCGGCGAAAACGGACACCACGCAACGGUGAUCAAAGUCCUUCCAGUCCAGGCUCUCGGUGGCCGGGUGCUAACUAUGGUAACAGAACACUAGACAACCGCCGUGCAGUCCUGGAAAGGUCUCGUUCGCGCCACAACGCAAAUCACCAACCUCGAUGAUCAGCCGCGCCUACCACAAGACGCUAGAUAAGUGCCAAAGAGGCCUGCGAGGUGGAGACCAGGAAGACAACUGACGGAGGGGUGGACCACCCCUAACACACACGAGAAAUUACCCACACACACACAUGUACACACACACACACACACACACACACAACAUCAUGCAAGGAACACAAAAAAAGCCUAAAGGAUCCACACGGAGCUGGAGAGUCUACAGAACACCAUACACAGACAUUUGAUUUUCAAAUUGUUGGUUCGACGCCUUACAUAUUUAUUCAAUACUUCUCUGUCAACGUUCAUGUCCUGUCUAGAUGGUUCAUAAAAAGCAAAAAUAAUAAUAAUAAUAAUAAUAGUAAUCACAUGUUUAAGGCUGCUGCAGUUUGAAAUGAAAAGCUGUUUUUUUUUUCCUGACUUGAUUUGAAGCCUUCUACUAAUCAACAUACCACAGUUCACACGCAGGUCUGAUUUUUACAUGAAACAACAUGCAGUGUGUUGAAAAACCGACACUCUGCCGAGAUGGACUGUACCAUAGUGAGUGUUCGUCAACCCGGCAAACACACCACACACAGUGUAUUCAACAAGAGGGAAGCAGGGCCAGCUCUCCCGUAAACGGAAGACAGGGCGAGGCUUACAACACCACCCGUGUUGGCGAGCCCACGACCUGCUGAACGGUGAACUCUUAACGAAAGAGGGAGCGGUUGCUUAAAGAAUGUUUGGCUUUUUGUUUCCCUCCCUCCUUCGGUCAACAUCAAGAGUCCACAUGGAUCAUUUUUAAUUUCAUUUCAUAUCCCACAAGAGCCACGAGAGCCGAGGCCGUCACAGCAUGUGACUCAUGGAUCUUAAAACUGUAAUCUCCAUUUUGACAGGAUGCUUUUUUUUUUUCUCUUCUUGGUUGUGUAAUAUCUAACCAACGCCUCGGGGGUGCUGAUCUCUGUCCCAAGGUCGCUUCUGCUGUUAACAUGAGAGACUGACACAUUUCUAAAUGCAUAUAACUGCCUAGAGGAGCGAACAUGACCCGCUGACCUUUCCUGCGGUCACACAGGUUUUCAGUGGGGGAGGCUUGAUUAUACAAGGGUAUUAGAAUGUUUCUUUUUUAAUAUUAAUCUGUUUCAUUGUUUGUGUUUUGUUCUAUAUGAAUGCGCCCCUGAAAAAAAGUCGAGAAAAUCACAUCUGUUUUGGAGAAAAGCGGAAAAAGUUUGCUUCAUAUUCCCACAGCAGGUUUUCGAUUGAUUUUUUCAAAUAACAAGUAAAUAAAAAAAAAAUAAAUAAAAAUAAAAAUACAAGGUCUGCAGGAUAACCAAGACAUUCAGUUUUGCCGGAGCACAUUUUGUUCCAACAGACAUGUAAUAAAUAUAAACAGGGCUAAGCAGCUUAAAAAAUCCACAGCUGAGAUUCCAAUGGAUCCGUUAAUAUUGCAGAACAAAAUGUGAAAUGUUUUAAGGCUCAUCUGAACCACAGGAGAUAUUUUAUUCAUUCAUUUAAAAAAAAAAAAAAACCUUUGGGAGAGAAGCAAUCUGCUGAGGAAAUCCAGUGAAUCAAACACUAAAACCUAUUAAAAGCCUGUUUCCUGGUGGGGAUCUGCCAAAAUACUUAACAUCUUUUUCCCAAUAACAUCUCUGAUGAAGCAUUCUGCAUCCAAACAAACACCUGAUCGCUUGGUGGUCCUGUACAAAAUAGCUGAAGCUCCUCUGUUAUUCUUGGCUCCUCAUGUGGGUCCCACCGUGGCACAGCUUCUCCACGUGAACAAUUUAUUCAUAUAUUCAUGCCCGGGGUGGCCCUGUCCCCUCACUGCCCCUUAACUGUAAGCAGAUGCCACAAAAAAAACAAAAAAAACCCAACAGUUGAAUCCACAAAGAGAGCAGGCACGGCUGGAAUAAUCGACUGAGGGGGCACAGAAGACAAGAUGAUGCUUGUCUUAGCGAGUGAGUCUCGCAACGCCCUCAAAUUCCCCAGCACUAAUGUCGUAAGCGACUCUCCCACCAAAACACAAGUCACCUUCGUAAUACCAUAACUCUGCUUUAGGCCUUUGUGUGUCUGUGUGUUUGUGUUUGGGGCGAGUGUGUGCUUGUGUGUGUGUGUGUGUGUGUGUGUGUGUGUGUGUGUGUGUGUGUGUGUGUGUGUGCGUGUGCCAGCUCAGUAAUCGGAACAGGAACCCGGGCAAAAUAGGAUUCCGUGUGCUUGACUCCUGGGCUGAAUAGAUGGAGAUUUUUCAUUUAAACAAUCUGCCAGUGCAGCUUGUGAUGUGUCUGUUUCAUGAUGCCUCCCUCUCCCAGCUUGCAUGCUUCCGAAAAAUGCAAUUUUACACAUCAUCUCGGCUCAAGGUGCAUCCACAAUGCUCCGAGAAGUCUGAAUAUUUAAGAAGACAAUAAUUCUCCUCUGAAUAUAAGGUUUUCGAGCAGUCGCACAGAGAGAGCGCAGAGAAUGAGGUUUCCGCAUAAGGGAUUCUGCACAGAUAGGAGUUUUUGAGGAUGCGUUGUGUACAGCAGAUAUAGACGUGCCAUCAAAGGCUGUGAUUUCCUCUUUCUAAUCACGACUUAUCCUUUUGUCCUCGGCGCCACCACGCCUGUGCAGUUCAAAGUACUUAACAGGACCCUUUUUUAAAAUAUAAGUUCUCCAUCAACGCCGACGUCUCACGUGACGCUCAGUGUUUGUUCACCUGCUGAUUGGAUACUGUACGCCGAUGAUAAUUCCAAUGUAUAUUAGUCUUUAUGACUAAUUUGACUUAAUUCAUUAUUUAAUCAAUACUUUGUUUUUGUUCACAUGUGCCAACAGAACACACAGUUCUCAGCAUACAAUGACAGAAAGUUCCUGUUUCUUUUUUUUUUUGUUUGUUUUGUAUAUCAAAGGGAGUACAGGUCUCUUUUUGUCAAAGUAUAGAAAAGAUUGUACAGACAUAAUAACUUCUUUUUUUGUAAUUUUAGCCAUCGUUUAAUGAACAAUGAUCCCGUUAAGAACUGUCAUUCAAAGUAGGAGAUUUUGAUGUGAUUACAAAAUGAUAGUCGUGUGGUAUUUGUUCUCUGAAACACUCAAACAUCUUUUGUGAGAUGUCAUUUAUUUGACGUUUUAAAGAAAAAAACUUAAAAAAUAAUAAUAAUAAAAAAAAAUUACCUUUGUCAUGAUGCCAUCAUAGAACGUGAUGAGCUAAAAGCUACAGUGUUCGCCAUUGUAGAAGUUCCAGAUCGCGCAUCUUUUCCAGGCAACACUGAUCCGUCAUGGUUCCUGAGGGUUUUGUUUAGUUAUUUCCUGUUUUAUUUUGAAGUGCUCUUCUCACGCGCCAUGUUUCACUCUAGAUCCAUGUUAGCCUCUGUACUGUUUCCCCAACGUCAGCCCUGUGGCUCCUGUGUCCCUCAUGUUUCUCAUGUUCCUUGUGCUUCUUUGUUUGGUACUUUAUUUACUUUUUGUAUUUUUUAUGUUCUUUGUUUCUCAGCUUCACCCCUGCCUGCCCCUUUUGUUUUUGUUUCUUGGACUUUGUAUUUUGGUAUUUUGGAUGGAUUUCAUUUUUCUAUGUGGACAUCAGCUUUUUGUUUUCACCUGCCUCCCUUUGUGUGUCUUGUGUUUGGAUCCCUUUUAACCCUGGACAGUAUGAACUGACCAAUACCAACCCAGCAAACAAAAAAAAAAUCUCUGGUGGAGGAGUUCAAGGAGUUCUGCUACACUUGUGUAGUGUUUGCAGUCAGCCGUCAAAAGCUCUUUGGAAUUAGAGCGCAGGUUGAAAAAAGGGCGGGAAAAGGACGGCGGGAAGAAGUGAAAAACAAAACCUGACACGUGAGGAGAGAUAAAACAGGAACUAACUAGACCAAAAAACUCAAACCAUGACGUGAUCACCUCGGACACUAUGAAUAGAAUAAAUGCACCGUAAAACUUUAAAUGGCUGAAAACGUUAAAAGUUCAAAUAUUUUUUUCUCAAUGUGAGCAACUACAGCAACGACUACUUUCAGUUGUAAGGGGAAACUUCUACAAUGACAACAUUCCUCAUCGUCCCUGUAAAAGUGAUUGUCGUGUCUCUCCCUCAUUCCAUCGUUUAGGAUAAUCAGACUGAUGUGUUUUUUAUAGGGAAUAGCCGGAGAGUCUCAGGUCGAAGCGCCUGAACUGUUCCAUCAUCUUAGUGUGAGAAUAAAAAUAAAAAAACGGCCCUCUGUGUGCUCGGGCCCAUCAUCCCAUCUGUCUUUUAGGUUGUGACUAACAAACCCCCGAAACCCUAUGAUAUGACUUGUGCUCAUGGUAAUUGUGAGAAGAACGAGGAGGCAGGGGUAUGAAGGAUUUAUCAGAAAUCGUUUAAGGUGCCAUUAUGGUGGUGAUUGGUGGUAAUUAAAAAAGGAAAAAAAAAGUUUGUAACUCACACUCACUGACUGUGCACUUUACCUCACACGAUCUACUGCUCAGGCGGAGAGAAAGAGAAAAAGAAAAAAAAAAGUUGUUUGAAAUGUUUGAUUACGACUUCGCCACUAACAGAGUGAACUAUUUGCAAAGUAUUUCUCUCGGCAAACAGUUCCAGCUGCCACAUAUCCACUUCUUUUCCCGCUUCGUUAGCGCUUGCUAUUGAUUUUUCCAGGAAGGCCGAUCGCGGCUGAAUCAACAAGCGGGCGCUCAUAGCUGUUGACAAACCCUGUCCGACCGUGAUGUGUAAGCUGCCAUAUCCCUGCCUACCUUCCCUCGUUGUCAUCGAGUAUGUUUUAUUGUCUUAAGAAACAUUUAUAUUUGUAACAUUUUAAGUUUAUUUGUAUCUUUAAGAACAUGAAAAAAACAAAACAACGAACUGGUUAUGCACACUGUCCUUCCAUAGGCUAUGUAAUGGAAUAUGAUACUAAAUAAUAACCACUUUGUUAUAUAAACUGAUUUCUGAAAGAUA